GGCCAGAGUGCGAAGAAAGAACCAUGGGCAAAGGUCAGCUCGCCUCUUUGUGUUCUGUUCCAGUAUGCUGACUGGCUUCAUUAGGAACCGAUAAACUCUACAUCACCCACUCCGAAUGGUCUUCCUCUGAUGCAUACUCGGCUUCAGCUGGUGCAGGCGUUCGUGCCGAUACCAGCGGCCAUGCGGCCUUCAAGAGACUCCCUUUCAACUUCUGUGCCUUGAGCCUCCAGCCUUUCACAACUCCGGUCUGCACGGCGAACGGCAUCAUAUUUGACCAUGAGAAUAUAAUACGGUGGUUGCUGAAACACGAUACGAAUCCUACCGAUGGCAAAUCUCUGAAGCAGCAGGAAUUGAUCAAACUUGACUUUGCAAAGAAUGACAGCAACGAGUUUGUCGACCCAGUCACUUAUAAAGUGUUUACGGACAACACCCAUAUUGUUGCAAUCAGACAUGGCGACUCGGCCAAUGUCUUUGCAUAUGAUACGGUGGAAAGACUCAAUAUCAAACCAAAAAUGUGGAAGGAUCUAGUCUCCGACGAAGACUUUUCCCGCGCAGACAUCAUAACCCUUCAAGACCCGCAAAACAUCGAAUCCCGGAAUCUCAGCUCGUUCAAGUAUCUGAAAGAAGGCGAAGACUCUGGCAUACCGAAGGAAGAAGCGACCAUCAACACGGCUUCACUGGGCAGUGCUGCAGACCUCAAGAUUAUGAAAGCAAAGGAAGCAGUUGCCAAAGCCAGAGCAGAACGCGCCAAUGCUCAAUCAGCCACUAGCAAGGACAAAUCUCAACUCUCCACGAGUACGAAGAAGACUGCCACGGCAUCCACUUAUAAGCCGACACCAUACAACGCUACAGGACACACUACUGGUCUUGCCGCUGCAUCACUAACUUCCACAGGCAUGACGCCUCAUACGUCAGCCGCACUGGCCUUGAUGUCUGAUGAAGAAUAUCUCCUGAAGCGCGGCCGAGUCAAAGAGAAGGGCUUUGUCCGAUUAGCAACGUCCGUUGGGGACCUCAGUAUCGAAUUGUACCCGGAGCAUGCGCCCAAAGCAGUUUGGAAUUUCAUCCGUCUCGCUCAAAAGGGAUAUUACAAUGGUAUCGUCUUCCACCGUAACAUCCGAAAUUUCAUGAUUCAGUGCGGCGACCCGACCGGCACUGGCCGGGGUGGAACAAGCAUUUGGGGUAAGAAUUUUGAGGAUGAGUUUGAGGGUCCAUUGAAGCACGAUACACGCGGUGUACUGUCCAUGGCGAACAAGGGAAAGAACACGAAUAGCAGUCAAUUCUUCAUCACGUACAGAGCGACAAGCCAUUUAGACAGAAAACAUACGAUAUUUGGUCGUGUUGUGGGAGACGAUGGGACGAGUAUGGCUGUGCUGAAGCGGUUGGAGGAAACGCCGGUGGACGCAAAUGAUCGUCCAAAGGAGGAGAUCAAGAUCAUUGAAGCGGUCGUCCUGAUCGACCCGUUUGAGGAGUUUUGGAAGAACAAGGCCGAAAAAGAAAGGAGUGACAAGGAGAAGGAAGAACGGAAGGCGGAUGAUCGCACAACCUGGACAGGAAAGAGGAUCAGGAACGACGGGACGAUUGAGAAGGAUUCUGGAGGUGGAGUUGGCAAGUACCUCAAGGCUGCGAUGAAGAAUGGGCAACAUGAAGUGGAAGAAGAUGAGAUUGUCGAGUUUGUUGACGAGCCAGAGGAACCAGUCCGAAAGAAGAACAAAGGCGGCGGAGGUGGAUUUGGGAAUUUCGACGGCUGGUGAUCACAACCGAAUGUCACUUUGUUCAAUGAGCUGGGAGGUGCUAGGAAGAUGCCUAUACAAGCAGCCUGGCGGAAAGAGCCACUCGAGCAUCUUGACGAGUGAUGAUUUCGGCCAGAAACUCGAUACGUGGUGAACUUAUACCGCAUGAUGCUACUACCACCAGCAAAUCGAUCAUAUCUACAUCGUCUGCCUCGAACCAACGCCGACUCUUGCUUUUGGCAUCUAGGAACUUGGUUCCCAUCAUCGAUAUAGUCAUGCCCGACAAGGAGACCAAAUACUCUCAAUUCGGCUAUUUGGUUUUAUGCCAACAGAAAAGCCAUGACUUUGGCACUAGCACGUCUUCUGAUGUUUCCGGUCUUCCGCUGGGGACUAGACUCUCGAAGAAAGCGGGAGCGUAUUAAAGUACAACGACAUCGAAGACCUUAAUGUCAGCUGUCCGUUCUGUGGUUUCGGGGGCUUGCAUCUGCUACCGCUCGCAAGGAUAUCCCAUAAACGGACCGUAUCAGAAUGAGUCUGGAAGUUGGAAUGAACAUAUCUUCAGAUAUUCGUGGAUGAGAUCGAAGAAGUCUCCCACAUAGAGAGUCCGCUGGGGAAGUAGGGCAGAUGGUCAACAGGGAUGGAGCAUCAGAUAUCUAAUUGGCACUACUUAUGAGUCUCGGUUGGGACAACGGACCAUACUCGUACUAGGAAG